UGCAAAAUCAUGCGGCCCAUAUCGGCCAUUGUUGAAGCUGUGGGCAAUUUACAGGUGCAGCAUGAAGAUAGCGGAACAGAGGGAAGCUGUACCUGAAAAAUCGCAGAGGAAAGCUCAGAAAAGCUUGGCUGUAAUUUCAACUCCAUGGAAACAGACACACUCAUCUUCUUCCCAACGAGCUCCCGAUUAAGCAAUCACAGAAAGAAUUCGGUUCCUCCGUUUCUCUUAUCCGAUUAGAAAUCCCUAAUUUACUUUUCUUCAAUCGUCACUUUGCCCUAAUUUCCUCUUCCCUCUCUUGAUUCUCUUCUCUGCCAUUUUCUUCUUCUCUUUCGUUCUUCUGCGUCGUUUUGGAGGAGCGCCGAGGGUUUCCCCGGCACUUUUGAACAAAUUAGUUUUUGCCGGAAACUCUUCUAAUGUCUGAUUCAUCGGAUUCUCCGUCUCCUUCUUCCGAAUCGGAUUCGGAUUCUGGUUCCUCUCCUCCGCCUCCGUCUGAUUCUUCUCCACCUACGCCCGAGUCCUCUCCGCCACCGCCGCCGGAUGUUUCUCCGCCUCCUCCGACUGGUUCAUCUCCACCUCCACCGAGUGCAUCACCGCCGCCGCCGAAUGACUCAAAGUCUUCAUCUCCUCCAUCUCCUACAUCUCCUCCUCCUCCUCCUCCACCGCCGCCACCUCCUCCGCCUUCUCCUCCACCUCCUGGAUCCUCCAGGCAUACUUCUCCGCCGAAAUCGAUCUCCUCCUCGCCUCAUUCCCGAUCCUCAGACUCCUCAUCCGGCGACUCUACGCCUGAGGUGGUUCCGAUUAUCGUAGGAGUGGCGGUGGCGGCAGGUUUUUUGCUAUUCGCCAUGGCACUGAUAUUCUUCGCUUGCAGCCGAAAGAAAAAGAAGCGAGAGAGUAAUGCCGUAUACUACGAUGAUCGACCUAAUCAGAAAGGUGGGGACCCCUAUUACAACGGAAGGAAUCAGAACUGGAACGGUACGGGCGAACAUUUCGUGAACAUUCCGCCAGCCACCGGCGGCGGAGGGCAAGGAGGAGUAUGGCCACCGCCGCCGCCACCACCGGGAUUAUUAAGCAGCGACAUGAGCUCAAGCUUCUCAGGGCCACAUGGGCCACCGUUACCACCGCCACACCCGUCGGUGGCGCUGGGGUUCAAUAAAAACACGUUCACAUUCGACGAGCUGAUGGCAGCCACAGGCGGAUUCUCUCCGGCGAACUUGUUGGGCCAAGGCGGAUUCGGAUACGUUCAUAAAGGAGUGCUGCCCAACGGCAAGGAAAUUGCCGUAAAAAGCCUUAAAACGGGUAGCGGACAAGGUGAUCGGGAAUUCGCGGCGGAAGUAGAGAUUAUCAGCCGCGUCCACCACCGUCAUUUGGUGUCCCUCGUCGGUUAUUGCAUGACCAAUGAUCGGAAGAUGUUGGUCUACGAAUUUGUUCCUAAUAACAACCUCGAUUUCCACCUCCACGGGGAGGGGCGCCCACCGAUGCCGUGGUCGAUGAGGGUCAAGAUCGCACUCGGUGCAGCUAAGGGUCUGUCCUACCUCCACGAAGACUGUCAUCCUCGCAUCAUCCAUAGAGACAUUAAGACGGCAAAUAUUCUUAUAGACAUGAGUUUUGAAGCAAAGGUGGCUGAUUUUGGAUUGGCUAAGCUCAACCAGGACAAUUACACUCAUGUAUCCACUCGGGUUAUGGGCACAUUUGGUUAUUUGGCUCCCGAGUAUGCAUCAAGUGGGAAGCUAACAGAGAAAUCAGACGUAUUUUCAUACGGAGUAAUGCUUUUGGAGAUCAUAACUGGAAGACGACCCGUGGACGCAUCGGGGGAGCUGAUGGAGGACAGCUUAGUGGAUUGGGCGAGACCUCUAUGCUUGAAAGCAAUGACUGAAGGAGCCUACGAGGCGUUGGCAGAUCCAAGAUUGGAGAAGGACUACGACGCUCAGGAAAUGGCAUGCAUGGUGGCUUGUGCUGCUGCAUGCAUUCGCCAUUCUGCUAAACGCCGUCCCAAAAUGAGCCAAGUUGUGCGGGCACUCGAAGGCGACGUAUCGAUGGAGGAUUUGAACGACGGAGUAAAGCCAGGGCAAAGCUCAUACUUCGGCUCCGGUACGUCGUCGGAUUACGACGCAAGCUCUUACAGCGCCGACAUGAAAAGGUUCAGAAAGGUAGCGUUGGAAAGCCGGGAGUACACUAGCAGUGAUUAUGGUGGGACGAGCGAGUAUGGGCUAAACCCAUCAGCGACGAGCAGUGACAAUAGUCAGAAGCCAAGCCAAGCGUCGUCGCCCAAUUUACAGCCCAACAAACCCUAAAUUUUCAGCUUCUUCUUUGAAAUGUUGUUAUUAUUGUCGUUGUUGUUGUGCUGGGCAUGGACCGGCCAGUCGAUGAACUCUCGCAGUUUGUUUUUGAAGAUUUUAGGUUGCGGAUCAGUUUUGGUUUCUUCUUCGCAG